CAGACCCACGCUCGGACCCACAGACGGACAGACGGAGGGCGCCCGAUGGCCGCGCCUGGCGAGACGUGCGCAGGGCUGGGGGUCUGGAACCAGACAGAGCCGGAGCCUGCGGCCCACAGCCCCCUGAGCCCGUGCUUCCUGAGAACAGCGGGGGUCUGGCUGCCCCCCAUGUACCUCUGGGUCCUCGGCCCCAUCUACCUCCUCCACAUCCACCGCCAUGGCAGGGGCUACCUCCGGAUGUCCCCGCUCUUCAAAGUGAAAAUGGUGCUCGGCUUCRCCCUCAUGCUCCUGUGUGUCUUCAACGUGGCCCUCCCUCUUUGGAAAAUCCAACAGGGAACGCCCCAGGCCCCAGAAUUCCUGAUUCACCCUACAGUGUGGCUCACCACCAUGGGCUUCGCCGUGUUCCUGAUUCACAUGGAGAGGAAGAAGGGGGUCCGGGCUUCCGGGCUGCUGUUUGGGUACUGGCUGCUUUGCUGCGUCUUGCCAGCUACGAGCACCACCCAGCAGGCCUCCAGAGGGGGCUUCCAGAGCGACCCCCUGGGCCACCUGUCCACCUACCUGUGCUUGUCCCUGGUGGUGGCACAGUUUGUGCUGUCCUGCCUGGUGGACUGGCCCCCCUUCUUCCCUGAAGAYGCCCAGCAGCCGAAUCCAUGCCCAAAGGCUGGAGCGUCCUUCCCCUCCAGAGCCAUGUUCUGGUGGAUUUCGGGGCUGCUCUGGAGGGGCUACAGGAAGCCGCUGGGACCAAAAGACUUCUGGUYGCUGGAGCAGGAAAACUGCUCUGARGAGCUGGUCUCCCGGCUGGAGCGCGAAUGGAGGAGGAGCCGCCGCGGGGCCCAGAGCUCCCGGGUGCCUCCCACGGUGGCCCCAGGCCCCGGGCUGCCUGCCGUCCCUCCCGCUCCCGCCGCUGCCCAUCCUGACGGAGUCCCCUGGGUCGGAGCCAGCAGGUCCCGCCCGCCCCUGUCGUGGGGAACAGAACCCCGCACCCUCUCCUCUCCCCGAAUGCGCACCGAGGUGUCCAAGAGCAAGGGACGCGGCGGCGUGGAGGCCGCAGAGGCGGAGGCUGCGGAGAAGGAGGCUGCGGAGAAGGAGGCCCUCCUGCAGCAGGAGGGGAGCCCGCGGGGACCGCUGCUCAGGGCCAUCUGCCGGGUGUUCGGGCCCACCUUCCUGCUGGGGACCCUCAGCCUGGUCGUCAGUGACGUCUUCAGGUUCUCUGUCCCCAAGCUCCUCAGCCUGUUCCUGGAGUUCAUGGACAGCCCCGAGGCCCCCGGCUGGAAGGGGCCGCUCCUGGCCGCGCUGAUGUUCCUGGCAGCCUGCCUGCAGACGCUGUUCGAGCAGCACUUCAUGUACAGGGUGAAGGUGCUGCAGGUGAGGCUGCGCACCGCCAUCACCGGCCUGGUGUACCGCAAGGUCCUGGCCCUGUCCAGCAGCGCCAGAAAGGCCAGCGCGGUGGGGGACGUGGUCAACCUGCUGUCUGUGGACGUGCCGCGGCUCACCGAGAGCGUCCUCUACCUCAACAGCUCCUGGAUGCUGCUGCUCUGGAUCUGCCUCUGCUUCGCCUACCUGUGGCAGCUUCUAGGACCCUCAGCCCUCACGGCCGUCGCUGUCUUCCUGGGCCUCCUCCCUCUGAAUCUCUUCAUCACUAAGAAGAAGGGCCACUACCAGGAGGAGCAGAUGCGGCAGAAGGACUCCCGGGCGCGGCUCACGGGCUCCGUCCUCAGGACCAUGAGGACCAUCAAGGCCCACGGCUGGGAGGAGCCCUUCCUGGAGAGGAUCCUGCGCGUCCGGGGCCAGGAGCUGGGCGCCCUGAGGACGUCCACCCUCCUCUUCUCCGUGUCCCUGGUGUCCUUCCAAGUGUCCACGUUUCUGGUGGCCCUGGCGGUGUUCACGGUGCACACUCUGGUGGCCGAGGAGAGCGCCAUGGACGCGGAGAAGGCCUUCGUGACCCUGACCGUGCUGGGCAUCCUCAACAGGGCCCAGGCCUUCCUGCCCCUCUCGGUCCAUCUACUCGUCCAGGCCUGGGUGUCCUUCAAUCGUCUGGCUGCCUUCCUGAGCCUGGAGGAAGUUGACCCCAGUGAGGAGGACGUGAGGGCCGCCAGCCUGGCCGCCAGGAAGGACGGCGUGGCUGUCCACAACGGCACCUUCGCCUGGUCCCGGGAAGGCCCCCCCUGCCUGCACAGGAUCAGCCUCACCGUGCCCCAGGGGUGUCUCCUGGCCGUCGUGGGUCCCGUGGGGUCAGGGAAGUCCUCCCUGCUGUCUGCCCUCCUCGGGGAGCUGUCCACSGUGGAGGGGUCCGUGAGCAUCAAGGGCCCUGUGGCGUACGUGCCCCAGGAGGCCUGGGUGCAGAACAGCUCCGUGGUGGAGAACGUGUGCUUCAGGCAGCCGCUGGACCUGCCCUGGCUGGACAGGGUGCUGGAGGCCUGCGCCCUGCGGCCGGACGUGGACAGCUUCCCGGCGGGCGUCCACACCCGCAUCGGAGAGCAGGGCAUGAAUCUCUCCGGGGGCCAGAAGCAGCGGCUGAGCCUGGCCCGGGCUGUGUACAGAAAGGCUGCGGUGUACCUGCUGGACGACCCCCUGGCAGCCCUGGAUGCCCAUGUCGGCCAGCACGUCUUCACCCAGGUCAUCGGGCCUGGUGGGCUUCUCCAGGGAACAACGCGGAUCCUCGUGACCCACACGCACCACGUGCUGCCCCAGGCCGACUGCGUCCUGGUGCUGGCCGACGGGGCCAUUGCGGAGAUGGGCACCUACCAGGAGCUUCUGCGGAGGAAGGGGGCUCUGGCGGCCCUCCUGGAGGGAGCCAGACCGCGAGCAGGCGGAGCCCAAGGAGGAACGGAACCUGAGGCCAGUGCUGGUGACCCUGGUGACCCUGGUGGCUCCCCUGGAGGCAGGAGACCUGAGUGCRGACCAGAGGGGUCCGUCAGGUCGACCCCUGGAGGGGACGCCACCACUUCUGAAGGCCAGAUGACCGUUCUCCAAGAUGACCCUGAGAGGGCAGGGUGGCYGGCAGCUGAGGACAGCGUGCAGCGAGGCCGGGUGAAGGCCGCCGUGUACCUGAGCUACCUGCGGGCCGUGGGCGCCCCGCUCUGCGCCUACACGCUCUUCCUCUUCCUGUGCCAGCAGACGGCCUCCUUCUGCCAGGGCUACUGGCUGAGCCUGUGGGCGGACGACCCCAUCCAGGCCGGGCGGCAGGAGCACACGGCCCUGCGGGGCUGGGUCUUCGCGCUCCUCGGCUGCCUCCAAGCCGUCGGGCUGUUGGCCUCCACGGCCGCCGURGUGCUGGGCGGCGUCCGGGCGUCCCGCCUGCUCUUCCGGGGGCUCCUGUGGGACGUGGCCCGGUCACCCAUYGGCUUCUUUGAGCGGACGCCCGUGGGGAACCUGCUGAACCGCUUCUCCAAGGAGAUGGACACCGUGGACGUGGACAUCCCCGACAAGGCCCGGGCCCUGCUGAUCUCUGCCUUCGGACUCCUGGAGGCGGGCCUGGCGGUGUCCACAGCCACGCCCCUGGCCCUGGUGGCCAUCCUGCCGCUGCUGGUCCUGUACGCGGGGCUCCAGAGCCUGUAUGUGGCCACCUCGUGCCAGCUGAGACGACUCGAGUCGGCCAGCUACUCGUCUGUGUGUUCCCACGUGGCCGAGACGUUCCAGGGCRGCACGGUGGUGAGGGCCUUCCGCGCCCAGGGCCUCUUUGUGGCUCAGAGUGACGCUCUCGUGGACGAAAACCAGAGGGUCAGUUUCCCGCGACUGGUGGUCGACAGGUGGCUGGCGGCCAACAUGGAGCUCCUGGGCAACGGGCUGGUGUUCGUGGCCGCCAUGUGCGCGGCGCUGAGCAAGGCCCACCUCAGCGCCGGCAUCGUGGGCUUCUCUGUCUCCGCCGCCCUCCAGGUGACYCAGACUCUGCAGUGGGUGGUUCGCAACUGGACAGACCUGGAGAACAGCAUCGUGUCCGUGGAGCGGGUGCAGGACUAUGCCCGCACAGCCAAGGAGGCUCCCUGGAGGCUGCCCUCCUGCGCAGGCCGGCCUCCCUGGCCUCGCGGGGGACAGAUCGAGUUCCGGAACUUUGGUCUGAGACACCGACCCGAGCUCCCCCUGGCUGUSCAGGGCGUGACCUUCAAGAUCCAGGCGGGAGAGAAGGUGGGCAUCGUGGGCAGGACGGGCGCCGGGAAGUCCUCGCUGGCCGGGGGCCUGCUGCGGCUCCAGGAGGCCGCGGAGGGCGGGGUCUGGAUCGACGGGGUCCCCAUCGCCCACGUGGGGCUGCACGCGCUGCGGUCCCGGAUCACCGUCAUCCCCCAGGACCCCGUCCUGUUCCCCGGCUCCCUGCGGACGAACCUGGACCUGCGGCAGGAGCACACGGACCAAGCCAUCUGGGCGGCCCUGGAGACCGUGCAGCUCAGGGCCUUCGUGGCCAGCCUGCCCGGCCAGCUGCAGUACCAAUGUGCCCACCAAGGAGACGACCUGAGCGUGGGCCAGAAGCAGCUCCUGUGCCUGGCACGUGCCCUUCUCCGGAAAACCCAGAUCCUCAUCCUGGAUGAGGCCAUGGCCGCGGUGGACCCGGGGACGGAGCUCCAGAUGCAGGCGGCCCUCGGGGGCUGGUUUGCCCGAUGCACGGUCCUGCUCAUCGCCCACCGCCUGCGCUCCGUGAUGGACUGUGCCAGGGUGCUGGUCAUGGACAAGGGCCAGGUGGCAGAGAGCGGCAGCCCAGCCCAGCUGCUGGCCCACAAGGGCCUAUUCUACAGGCUCGCCCAGGAGUCCGGCCUGGUCUGAGCCAGACCCCUCAACUGUCCCCUGGCCAUYGUCAGUGGCUCCCCAUGGUGGCAAGUGGAGACUGCUACAGAGGRAAAUGGCAGAGAAGGUGCCAAUUGUCACGGACUAUGGGACCCACAUGGACCCCCAAGCUCCCGGGCAGCCGGGCAAGGCCCACUCUGCCCUGCCCACCCUGGGGUCAGACGACAGUGCCCCUCAGCCCUGGCUGGCCGCCAGACUCACCUGGGAGCUCACGGACAGCCCCGCGCUCAGGCCAACCCACGUGGAUUAAACCAGACUCCCUGGGGCUGGGGCUGGGGGGCCUGCAACUUUUCCCA